GCAAUGUGACAAUGAGCAGACGGAGGGUCUCUGUUAAAGAGCUGGGGGAAUCUGACCACCAGGGCUGGCUCAACAGGAAGAAGGAAGGAAAGGGCUUCCUGGGCUUCAAAUGGAAGAAGUACUGGUUUGUGCUGAAGAAUACUUCCCUGUACUGGUACACUAAUCCGCUGGUGAGUAACGCUCACACUUAGCCCGCUACGCUGAGUCAUCCUGUCAUUGCCACAGCUGCCUGCUGCCUCUUGUCACUGCUGGAAAUUAGUCCGUCUGACAUGGCGUUUCCUGAAGCUGGAAGUGUCCGUUUCUUCUACAGAGACGGAUGUGAUCUACAUGACUUACUGGCAUGAUGGAGGAAUUAAUAAAGCCUAUGUUUACCAUGUGUCCAAACAAAUUUGAGGGAACUAGAAAUUGAGAAAAGGUGGCGGGUGUUUCAAGUUUGAAUGUCAAGUGCACAAGUACAGUGAAAUGCCUUUUUUUGCAAGCUCUGAACUCAACAAUGCGUAAAUCAAUAUCAAGAAUUGAAGGUGUUAUGAAUUAGGUGAUGGUGCUUGGAAUAGUGUUUAUGUUUUCAUUGCUUUGAAAGGGGAUUCCCUUUAAUGCUAAGCAUCUGUCAAUCCUGUCUUAUUUUUAGGCAGAGAAAGCAGAGGGAUACAUUAACCUGACUGACUUCAUGAUCGACAGAGCACUGGAGUGCAAGAAAAAAUUGUAAGUAACUUGUUUCUUAUUUUACUAAAUCACUGUUGGUUUAAAAAUGGUCAAUGAAUCUAUUCCAGGUAAUCAAUGACCAUUUACUGACACUUUUUCAAUCUGAGCAGAGUGUGAAUGAUUGAACACAAAGUGUGAAAAUGAAUGUUCACCUCUCUCUGUCUCUUGCAGUGCCAUCAAAGCAUGUCACCCGCAAGUCAUGAUGUUUUACUUUGCAGCUGAUACCUACGAGGAGAUGAACAUGUAAGUCACAUGAAAAGAGUGUCAUGUAAGUCAUGUUAAGAGUGUCAUCAUAGAAACACAGUGAGGAAUGUGACCGUCUCUCUCGGUUUGUCUUUUGCAGAUGGUUGAAUAAGCUUGGGCUCGCUUCAGUCCAAUAUGAACCAGCAGAGAGCAACACUGCUGGUAAGUUUUCAUGUUGAUCAGUCAGAAUGAUUUAUCAGUUGUGGUCCAUUCCACCAAAUGACUUAUUCUGUUCUUUACUACUAUUGCCUCAGUAUCACUUCUGAUUGUUUGUCAAGCAUUUUGACUCUGUAUGUGUCCAGAGUGCUACAGCGAGGCAAGUGAUCACGAGGAGGCUGAGAUGAUGGAGGCUCCCCCUCCUCCAUACUCAGAGCAGAUGAGCCAGGACUCUGUGGAUGUGGGUGGUCCACCUGGCAGUGGACAUCAGGUCAGUAGGCACUGGGCAGUUGAGGAAGCUCUGGUAAUUAAGGCUAGGAGUUUUUCCUAACCGUGUGACCUGACCAAGAAAAACUUUGGGCCCUAGUUACACUGUGUUGCAUUGAGCGUUAAAGUGGCACUCCAGUCUUUUCACCUCAUUUAACACCUGAUUUACUUAACAAAAGGCACAUCUCAAUAGCUAGUCCAGAUAUGUCAUGACAUGGCACAAGUGGGGCCUUUCCUCUUUUGUUCUCUAUUGUUCCUCAAGCAAGGGGGAGGCUGAUGACAUCACGUAUUCCCAUCAGACCAACUCCUUGAAUGCCCUACUCCUUAAAGUUUGCAGUUGUCUAAAACAUAUGCUUAAAACAUAUUUUUUUUAGCCUUUAGUGCGUGUGCUUUACUGUAUUUAUACUUGGGAUAUCGCUUUUCAACAGUAAAAGUUCAAAAAUCCUGUUGAACAACAUCCUUAAUGUUCAUGUCUCUCAGGAUAGCCUCCCUCCCCCCUACUCCUUCCCCCCUCCCAGCGAGACCAAUGGAUCCUUCUCCUCACCUGUCAGCACGAUGACAUCACAGAGUUCCGUGUCCUCUCUGGCCAAGCAUCGUCAGUCCUGGCUGGACCUGGUCUCGCAGGCCUCUCCUGUUGCCGGGGAAACGGUGGUGUGCUCUGUGCAGGUCCACACACAUCGGCCCCCACAGCAUCAGGAGAACGAGGAGCCCCUACAGCACCACCAGGAGGCUUCAUCCUACCAGGACCCCCCAGGGAGCACAGCCAGGGAGGAGGACUUUAACCCCAGGGAGCAGACAGAGGAGGUGGCUGUGCUAGGAAUAGGGACAGAAGAUGGUGAGAAGGCUUCUUUAGCUGUUUUUUUUUCUCUGAACAAUUGUUGACUUAAAUAAGGGGAACAUAUUACUUAAUUAAUUGAGAAGGAAAAUUCACCCAUCUCACAAAUUCUGUGAUAUUAAGGAAAAGUGAGAGCAGUAGUUGUGCACUUUGGAUGCCUUUUGUUCUUAUGUGAUCAGACCUGUGGAUAGGAGAUGUGCAAGUAGAACACAUUUCCUGUUGCCUCUGGUUGUGUAAUGUUACAGCGUUGGUCUUUGGCAGCACAUUAGAGCUUGACAGUAAAAAUACACUACAUGACCAAAAGUAUGUGGACACCUGCUCGUCGAACAUCUCAUUCCAAAAUCAUAGGCAUUAAUAUGGAGUUGGUCCCCCCUUUGCUGCUAUAACAGCCUCCACUCUUCUGGGAAGGCUUUCCACUAGAUGCUGCAGGGACUUGCUUCCAUUCAGCCACAAGAGCAUUAAUAAGGUCGGGCACUGAUGUUGGGCGAUUAGGCCUGGUUCAACGUAGGGGUUCCAAUUCAUCCCAAAGGUGUUCGAUGGGGUUGAGGUCAGGGCUCUGUGCAGGCCAGUCAAGUUCUUCCACACUGAUUUCAACAAAGCAUUUCUGUAUGGACCUCACUUUGUGCACGUUGGCAUUGUCAUGCUGAAACAGGAAAGGGCCUUCCCCAAACUGUUGCCACAAAGUUGGAAGCACAGAAUUGUCUAGUAUGUACAGUGGGGAAAAAUAGUAUUUAGUCAGCCACCAAUUGUGCAAGUUCUCCCACUUAAAAAGAUGAGAGAGGCCUGUAAUUUUCAUCAUAGGUACACGUCAACUAUGACAGACAAAAUGAGGAAAAAAAUCCAGAAAAUCACAUUGUAGGAUUUUUUAUGAAUUUAUUUGCAAAUUAUGGUGGAAAAUAAGUAUUUGGUCAAUAACAAAAGUUUCUCAAUACUUUGUUAUAUACCCUUUGUUGGCAAUGACACAGGUCAAACGUUUUCUGUAAGUCUUCACAAGGUUUUCACACACUGUUACUGGUAUUUUGGCCCAUUCCUCCAUGCAGAUCUCCUCUAGAGCAGUGAUGUUUUGGGUCUGUCGCUGGGCAACACGGACUUUCAACUCCCUCCAAAGAUUUUCUAUGGGGUUGAGAUCUGGAGACUGGCUAGGCCACUCCAGGACCUUGAAAUGCUUCUUACGAAGCCACUCCUUCGUUGCCCGGGCGGUGUGUUUGGGAUCAUUGUCAUGCUGAAAGACCCAGCCAUGUUUCAUCUUCAAUGCCCUUGCUGAUGGAAGGAGGUUUUCACUCAAUCUCACGAUACAUGGCCCCAUUCAUUCUUUCCUUUACACGGAUCAGUCGUCCUGGUCCCUUUGCAGAAAAACAGCCCCAAAGCAUGAUGUUUCCACCCCCAUGCUUCACAGUAGGUAUGGUGUUCUUUGGAUGCAACUCAGCAUUCUUUGUCCUCCAAACACGACGAGUUGAGUUUUUACCAAAAAGUUCUAUUUUGGUUUCAUCUGACCAUAUGACAUUCUCCCAAUCCUCUUCUGGAUCAUCCAAAUGCACUCUAGCAAACUUCAGACGGGCCUGGACAUGUACUGGCUUAAGCAGGGGGACACGUCUGGCACUGCAGGAUUUGAGUCCCUGGCGGCGUAGUGUGUUACUGAUGGUGGGCUUUGUUACUUUGGUCCCAGCUCUCUGCAGGUCAUUCACUAGGUCCCCCCGUGUGGUUCUGGGAUUUUUGCUCACCGUUCUUGUGAUCAUUUUGACCCCACGUGGUGAGAUCUUGCGUGCAGCCCCAGAUCGAGGGAGAUUAUCAGUGGUCUUGUAUGUCUUCCAUUUCCUAAUAAUUGCUCCCACAGUUGAUUUCUUCAAACCAAGCUGCUUACCUAUUGCAGAUUCAGUCUUCCCAGCCUGGUGCAGGUCUACAAUUUUGUUUCUGGUGUCCUUUGACAGCUCUUUGGUCUUGGCCAUAGUGGAGUUUGGAGUGUGACUGUUUGAGGUUGUGGACAGGUGUCUUUUAUACUGAUAACAAGUUCAAACAGGUGCCAUUAAUACAGGUAACGAGUGGAGGACAGAGGAGCCUCUUAAAGAAGAAGUUACAGGUCUGUGAGAGCCAGAAAUCUUGCUUGUUUGUAGGUGACCAAAUACUUUUUUUCCACCAUAAUUUGCAAAUAAAUUAAUUAAAAAUCCUACAAUGUGAUUUUCUGGAAUAAUUUUUCUCAUUUUGUCUGUCAUAGUUGACGUGUACCUAUGAUGAAAAUUACAGGCCUCUCAUCUUUUUAAGUGGGAGAACUUGCACAAUUGGUGGCUGACUAAAUACUUUUUUCCCCCACUGUAAUUGUAUGCUGUAGCGUUAAGAUUUCCCUUCACUGAAACUAAGGGGCCCGAACCAUGAAAAACAACCCCAGACCAUUAUUCCUCCUCCACCAUACUUUACAGCUGGCACUAUGCAUUUGAGCAGGUAGCGUUCUCCUGGCAUCCACCAAGCCCAGAUUUGUCCGUCGGACUGCCAGAUGGUGAAGUGUGAUUCAUCACUCCAGAGAACGCGUUUCCACUGCUCCAGAAUCCAAUGGCAGCGAGCUUUACACCACUCCAGCCGACGCUUGGCAUUGUGCAUGGUGAACUUAGGCUUGUGUGUGGCUGCUCGGCCAUGGUACCCAUUUAAUGAAGCUCCUGACGAACAGUUAUUGUGCUGACGUUGCUUCCAGAGGCAGUUUGGAACUCAGUGGUGAGUGUUGCAACCGAGGACUAUUUUUACGCGCUAUGCGCUUCAGCACUCUGCAGCCCCGUUCUGUGUGCUUGUGUGGCCUACCACUUCUCGGCUGAGCCGUUGUUGCUCCUAGACGUUUCCACUUCACAAUAACAGAAUACAUUUGACGAACUGACUUGUUGGAAAGGUGGCGGCAAGUGCUGGUUAAGUGUUAUGGGGGGAUCGAGGUGAGGAGGAGGAUUAUUUAAAAUACUGUUUGGAGAGGUAGGGCUUCAGAUGUUUUCGGAAGAUGGGCAGGGACUCUGCUGUCCUAGCUUCAGGAGGAAGCUGGUUCCACCAUUGGGGUGCCAGGACAGAGAAGAGCUUGGACUGGGCUGAGUGGGAGCUGCCCUCCCGUAUGGGUGAGAGGGCCAAGAGACCUGAGGUGUCAGAACGGAGUGCUCGGGUUGGGGUGUAUGAUUUGAGCAUAGCCUGAAGGUAGGGAGGGGUAGUUCCUCUUGCUGUUCCGUAGGUAAGCACCAUGGUCUUGUAGUGGAUGCGAGCUUCGACUGGAAGCCUCCUGUGCUAAGAAUACAGUACAUUUUCUAAUGACUGUCAAUUAACCAGUUGGAAAAAAAGAUUAACCGAAGCAGUUAUAGUCAACACUAUUUAAAUCCUGUCAAUGAGCUUUAAAUCACUCAAUGUUCUGUUUAACCAUUUUUGAGUAAGGAAAUUGACCUCAAACUUCAUCCUACUUUAUCAUUAGGGAUUUUUGUUUAGUAGUAAAUAUAUAAAUAUUUUUCUGCUGAAAUAUAAAGUUCCUAAGGUCCAUUGUAUUGUUCUUGCAGUGAACCAUGAAGCCACAUCUGACGAGAUGGAGAGACUGUACAUCCACCUCAAGCAGGCCAGCCUCUCUCCCAUAGGAGACCGCAAACCAUCCACCAAGAGGGACUUCAGAGCCUCCUUUAUAAAGCGAUGCAAAAACCAGGACAUUAACGAGAAACUGCAUCUCAUCAGGACCCUCAACAGCACGUUAAAGGUACAUUCGCCAACUUGACUAGAAUUAUUGUAUGCUUUUGUUUUUAUCCGUUUAUCACCACAUAUGUGGCAGUAUCAAAUUGAUGUCCUUGUUUUCUGUACAAAUUGUAUGUGCUGUUUAUGCGUCAUUUUGAAUAGUAUUACAAGUAUUGAGACCCUUGAGCAUAGUUACACUCUCUGUCUCUCUCUUCCCGUUUGACUCAGGCUAAGGAGGCAGACCUGUUGACCAUCGAGCAGGUGCUGUCAGACCCUGACCUCACCUCGCCCAGAUUCAGGGAAUGGAAAGAGGCCAACACUCCUUUGCUCCAGGAGAUCUGUCUCAAGCAUGUACACCAGGUGGCAGCA